UCAAAUGAAAUUACUUCUCAUUUACGCACCCACAAGUAUAGCACUCGAUCUCAAGUCGAUUGAUUGAUAUAAUCGUCGGUUCUUUUUGAUUAGGGCACAAAAUUCUCAGAUCUGAAGGGUUUGGAACCGAAACGGAACGAAGAUGUUGACGAAGUUCGAGACGAAGAGUAAUAGAGUGAAAGGGCUGAGUUUCCACAGCAAGAGACCAUGGAUCUUAGCUAGCCUUCACAGUGGUGUGAUCCAGCUAUGGGAUUAUAGAAUGGGCACCCUCAUCGAUCGAUUCGACGAACAUGAUGGGCCUGUUCGUGGCGUUCAUUUUCACAAAUCUCAGCCUCUUUUCGUUUCCGGAGGAGAUGAUUACAAGAUCAAAGUAUGGAACUAUAAACUGCAUAGAUGUUUGUUUACACUUCUUGGGCAUCUUGAUUACAUCCGAACAGUUCAAUUUCAUCAUGAGUCCCCCUGGAUUGUUAGCUCUAGUGAUGAUCAAACUAUCAGGAUCUGGAAUUGGCAGUCUCGUACUUGUAUAUCUGUAUUGACAGGACACAACCAUUAUGUAAUGUGUGCUUUGUUCCAUCCGAAGGAGGACCUUGUUGUUUCAGCAUCAUUAGAUCAGACUGUUAGGGUUUGGGAUAUUGGUGCACUGAGGAAGAAAUCAGUUUCCCCUGCUGAUGACAUCCUCCGGUUGAGUCAGAUGAAUACAGAUUUCUUUGGUGGGGUUGACGCUGUUGUAAAGUAUGUCUUGGAGGGCCAUGAUCGAGGAGUCAAUUGGGCUUCGUUCCAUCCAACUCUCCCUCUUAUUGUCUCAGGAGCUGAUGAUCGCCAAGUAAAAAUAUGGCGAAUGAAUGAUUCAAAAGCUUGGGAAGUAGACACUUUGAGAGGUCACAUGAACAAUGUUUCAUCUGUUCUUUUCCAUUCAAGGCAGGACAUCAUUGUAUCAAACUCAGAGGAUAAAAGUAUACGCGUUUGGGAUGCUACAAAACGAACAGGCCUUCAAACUUUUCGGCGGGAGCAUGACAGGUUCUGGAUUCUUGGGUGUCAUCCUGAGAUUAACCUUCUGGCUGCUGGCCAUGAUAGUGGCAUGAUAGUUUUCAAGUUGGAGAGGGAACGCCCAGCUUUCUCUGUUAGUGGGGAUUCUCUGUACUAUGUCAAAGACCGUUUUCUGCGCUUCUAUGAGUACUCAAGUCAGAAAGAAGCUCAAAUAAUACCAAUCCGUAGGCCAGGUUCUGCCAGCUUUAACCAGGGGCCUAGAACUCUUUCUUAUAGCCCUACUGAGAAUGCUGUUCUAAUAUGUUCAGAUGUAGAUGGGGGAUCUUAUGAACUCUAUAUUGUACCUAAAGAUAGCUUCAGUAGAGGUGAUACUGUCCAAGAGGCAAAAAGAGGUAUUGGGGGUUCAGCAGUUUUUGUGGCCCGUAAUAGAUUUGCAGUGCUUGAGAAGAGUACCAAUCAAGUGUUAGUCAAGAACUUAAAAAAUGAGAUAGUGAAAAAGAGUGCUCUUCCAGUUGUUACUGAUGCUAUCUUCUAUGCGGGUACGGGUAACUUGCUAUGCAGGGCAGAGGAUAGAGUAGUCAUAUUUGACCUUCAGCAGCGAAUGGUUCUGGGGGACCUUCAAACUUCUUUGAUAAGGUAUGUUGUGUGGUCAAAUGACAUGGAGAAUGUUGCUUUGCUUAGCAAACAUUCAAUAAUCAUUGCUGAUAAGAGACUUGUCCACCGCUGCACCCUUCAUGAAACAAUCCGUGUCAAAAGUGGAUCGUGGGAUGAGAAUGGUGUAUUCAUAUACACAACCCUAACCCACAUUAAGUAUUGCCUACCUAAUGGGGACUGCGGAAUCAUAAGGACCCUUGAUGUUCCUGUAUACAUUACAAAGAUAAUUGGAAAUACAAUCUGCUGCUUGGACCGAGAUGGCAAAAACCGUGCAGUAGUUGUUGACUCAACUGAAUAUCUCUUCAAGUUGUCUCUGCUGAAGAAGAGAUAUGAUCAUGUUAUGAGCAUGAUAAGGAACUCAGAGCUAUGUGGGCAAGCCAUGAUCGCAUAUCUUCAACAAAAAGGUUUUCCAGAGGUUGCUCUUCAUUUUGUGAAGGAUGAGAGAACUCGCUUCAAUUUAGCCCUCGAAAGUGGAAACAUCCAGAUUGCUGUUGCCUCUGCUAAAGAGAUUGAUGAAAAAGAUCACUGGUAUAGGUUGGGUGUGGAGGCCCUUCGUCAGGGCAACACUGGUAUUGUUGAGUAUGCAUACCAGAGGACAAAGAACUUUGAGAGGCUGUCCUUCUUGUAUCUGAUCACAGGCAAUUUAGAUAAAUUGUCCAAAAUGAUGAAGAUUGCAGAGGUAAAAGAUGAUGUUAUGGGUCAGUUUCACAAUGCUUUGUACCUAGGUGAUGUUAAAGAGCGAAUUAAGAUUUUGGAAAAUGCUGGUCAUCUUCCGCUAGCAUUAGCUACAGCCAAGACCCAUGGGUUGAAUGAUAUUGCUGAAGGUCUUGCUGCUAAACUUGAAGGUGAUGUUCCUUCUUUGCCCAGCAGUAGGUCCACUUCUCUAUUAAUUCCUCCAACUCCUGUCUUGUGUGGUGGGGACUGGCCAUUACUAAGGGUCAUGAAAGGAAUCUUUGAGGGUGGUCUUGACAAUGUUGGACGGGGUGCACAGGAAGAGUACGAGGAUGCCGCAGAUGCUGAUUGGGGUGAUGAUUUGGAUAUUGUGGAUGUGGAGAACAUUCAGAAUGGAGACAUCAACAUGGUGCUGGAGGAUGAAGAAGCACAUGAAGAAAAUGAAGAGGGAGGUUGGGAUCUUGAGGAUCUCGAACUUCCUCCUGAUACUGAAACCCUCAAAAUAGCUACCACUGCCCGCACAUCAGAGUUUGUGGCCCCAACUCCUGGCAUGCCUGUGAGCCAGAUUUGGGUCCAAAAAUCAUCUCUUGCUGCUGAACAUGCAGCAGCAGGAAACUUUGACACCGCAAUGCGCCUACUGAACCGACAGCUGGGAAUAAAGAAUUUUGCACCCUUGAAAUCAUUAUUUAUUGACCUUCACAUGGGCAGCCAUACUUAUUUGCGUGCUUUCUCAUCAGCUCCAUUGAUCUCCUUGGCCAUUGAGAGAGGUUGGAGUGAAUCAGCAAGCCCUAAUGUCCGUUCCCCUCCUGCACUUGUGUUCAAUUUUUCUCAGUUGGAAGACAAACUCAAGGCUGGUUACAAAGCUACCACUGUUGGGAAGUUUACUGAAGCUUUGCGGCUUUUUAUGGGUAUUCUCCAUACAAUUCCUCUGAUUGUAGUCGAGUCGUGGAGAGAAGUGGAUGAAGUUAAAGAAUUGGUUAUCAUUGUAAAAGAGUAUGUUCUGGGUCUACAGAUGGAACUUAAAAGGCGAGAAUUUAAGGACAACCCUGUUCGUCAGCAGGAGCUGGCAGCUUACUUUACUCACUGUAACCUUCAGCUGCCUCACUUGAGACUGGCCUUGGUGAAUGCAAUGACUGUAUGCUACAAAGCAGGUAAUCUCAUCACAGCAUCAAGCUUUGCCAGGCGUCUCUUGGAGACCAAUCCAGCUGCUGAAAAUCAAGCCCAAAAAGCCCGCUCUGUUCUGCAGGCGGCUGAGAGGAACAUGAAGGACUCCACACAGCUGAAUUAUGACUUCAGAAAUCCAUUUGUAACUUGUGGGGCAACUUAUGUUCCCAUUUAUCGGGGACAGAAGGAUGUAUUAUGUCCAUACUGCAGUUCACAUUUUGUUCUCUCCCAGGAAGGACAGCUUUGUGCUGUUUGUAACCUUGCAGUGGUUGGAUCUGAUGCAUCUGGUUUACUCUGUUCUCCAGCCCAGAUCAGAUGAUCUCAAAUUCUUUCUCCUAAUGCCAGUCUCAGUUCUUUCUACAAUUGGUUGGGUUUGGAUUGAAAAACUUACAAGUAGAGCGGAAUACCCAUCAUAUCCUGUUGCCAUUCAGGUUGGUUGCUGACUGAUAAUGGUAUGUUCCAAUAUUUUUGUUAAUUGAAAAGAUCCCCUCCCCCCACCAGAGUGAGAGUAUAAAAAGGUGAGAAUAGGUUUCGGAAUUAAAAUCAUAUUGUUUUUGGGUUAAUUAGUACAAUUUAUUGAACUGAGAUAUGAGUUUUCAUGGUGUCAUCUGCAAAGGUGAUACCCACCCAUGGGAGUUGUUGUAUGUAGUAAUUGAGCAGAAUUUGCAAUAAUCUUAUAUAUUUUUUCAUAAACGGUUGAUGUACAAUUUUUAUUGCAU